CUAUUGGACAUUAAGAACGCAGCUAGCUGAUCAAUCUUGUGUAAUAGCCCGUUACCAAUGUGGAGUAAUAAAAGCGCCGUUAAAACCAGCGUUGACUGUAUACGCCAGAACACUAUAGUAGUCACAAUGUUAGCAUUCACGGCAAGGGGGCUAAUAUGGGUCCGCAUAUGGCUGAAGAACGUCCUGGCCCACCUGUGUUACAAGAUAUUUGGGCUGAAGCUCUGUCCGGUCAGCCAGGACAGUAUUCUGGACUCUGGUCACUACAUUAACGGGAAAGACACGGGGUGGAUUGAACCCUUCACUCUACUGAUUAGGAGUUAUAGGGAGACAGACACCGUUACAGCACAUGGAAGGCAGACCUUCGUCGAUGGUAUGAAGUUCAAGUUGAACGUGCGAGCCAAAGUGAAGAGGGAACUUUCGAAUAAAGCUGAAUUAUUUGCCUCCAAGAUUCCAGUGAGGAAACCAGUGUUCGUGCUGGGAGUGAUGCGAUCGGGAACAACAUUCCUGCAUGGUCUACUUGCUCAGGACCCAGCUUUCCGCCCUCCUCUGCUAUACGAGCUGCUGGACCCGGUACCCCCGCAGACAGGAGCCGGAACAAAGGACGACCCGCGCAUUGCAAUGGGCACUGCAUUGACACGUGCCAUAAAUAUAGCUGAUCCCGAUUUCUCCGUAAAACAUGAAAUUGGUGCUGAACUUCCACACGAGUGUUUCCACUUGCUGGCGGCAAUGCGGUUUAUUGACAAGAAGGAGUUCCUCCACGGUUCCAACAUCAGUGCCUAUCAGGAGUGGUGGAAGACAGCCUUGACUGGGGACUACAUGACUGCAGUGUAUAGAGAGUACAGGGCGGUACUGCAGCUUAUGGCUUCCAAAGAUGAAGCUCCUCGGCCAUUUCUUCUAAAGGACCAUAUUCAUUGCCUGUUUAUGGAUUCAGUAUUAGAGGUAUUUCCCGACGCAAGUUUCAUUUAUCUUGUUCGCAACCCAGUAGAUCUGGUCAGUUCCUGGUGUUCAGUCAUGGAAUCGCUGGCGACAUUGUCCAUUAAACCUGGGACAAUAAGUCCACGCGAAAGAGGUGAACGUGCUCUCAACGACCUCUCUUACUUUGCCUCUACCUUCGUCGACUUCAGGAAGAAAUGCGACGCCUCUGGCACAUCGCUGCGCUGCAUGGAUGUCUUACAAAGCGAUCUCGUCAAAGAUCCCAUGAAGGUUGUAAAAGACAUAUACGCGUUCCUUGGUGUUCCACUUACAUAUGAAGCUGAAGAUAAAAUGGCGCUGUUUAUGGAUGAGCGACGAAAGUUUAGGGCGAGAGCAAAACAUAUCCAUCGACCGGAAGAUUUUGGAAUUACAAAGGACAUGGUUCUGGAUAAAUUUCAAGAUUAUGUGGAAUAUUUUGGCCUUCAAAUUUGAGUCUCUCUUUUGUUUUAAAUUUAAAUCAGUGACUAGAAAGAGACGUUGGAGAAAACAUGAAAUGGAAGAGGGACAGUUGAAAAUAUGGAAAUGUAUAAAUAUGAAAAUAUUGAAUAUAUUUGAAUAUAUGGCUUACAUAUAACAUUACAAAUCGCCACAUUAACUCCUCAACUAAGGCGACACUUUGACCUGUAAUUAACAUAACCUGACCAUAACAAAUAACCAUAACAUUCUUGUCCGUCAUUGGAUGCAAAAUUAGAAGCAAUAAAAUUUA